UACAAGUUAUUGUUUGUAACAAAGAAAUUGAGCGAAUAGAAUUUCAUUUGCAACCAAACCGAAUAAUUAAUAAAUUAUUUAUAUUAUGCUACAUUAACUAUAUUUAUAAUGUAAUCUUAUUUAAUAUAAAAUAAUACGUAUAUAUUAAAAUAUUAAUAAAAUGCGAUAAAUAAAUGCAAUAAAAUUUAUUAUUAAUUAAAAAAUAAUAAUUAUAUUACACGUCUCGUUCUCGAUGAUAACAGGUAGUAAUGCUUCGCAUUGCACAAAUCUCACAACAUUUCAGAGUAUAGAAUUUGAAACUGGUGCGCCGGGCCCCAGUAGAGGGUCUACGCGCCUUCCGUCGUUAUAUUGUUUUGUUGUGCAAAAUUUUGAUUACGUUUCGAGUAUAGCUCUCAAGUUAAAAACCGAAUUUUCGACAACAAGGGUACUAAUAGAAAUGCCGCAUGAGAGGAAAAGGAAGCGUACUCGAUCUCGAUCAAGGGAUCGUAGAAGAAGUAGGGACGAGACGAAAGAAAAGCUGGAAAACCUCCAGACUCAGCUGAAUAACCUCACUAGCAUACUCGGUCAAUUGACCCAACGCCCUGAUAUUACUGAAAACAAAGAAAUCCUGGAUAGUCAAACUGUUUCCUCAGUAGAGCAGAUUCCAUCUGAGCACAUAGAAAAUUCAUCUGUUGAUGAGAUAACUGAUGAGUCGGUCAUUCCCGAGGAUAUAUUGGAUUUAUUGGGGGACGAUCCCAAUGCAAAUAAAGAAUUGACAAUCAAGUUCCAUCCAGAGCUCAAACGCAGAUGGGAGAAAUGGAUGCAGGAAGGUUUUCCGGAGGAAAACAAGAAAGCUAUCCUACAAAAGUAUCCAAGGAAACAAGAAUUAUAUUCUGAGGCUCCCAAGGUUAAUUUGGAAAUCGUUCCAAUUUUGUCCGAGAUUACUAUUAAAAGAGACCAUCAUUUUCUUGAGACACAAAACUGUGUAGAUUCUGCAAUAUCAGCUCUGGCUGCUGCAGUUUCAUUAAUUCUCGAUGAUCCCGAUGACGGCAUUGAUCAGGGAAUGCUCACAAAAUAUCUUUGUGAUGCUGGAAAGUUAUUGUCUGACGUUUUUUAUCAGCAAUCUGUGGCCAGAAAAUCUUUUAUCACUCCUUUGCUAAAUAAGGGCGUUAAACCCACAAUUGAGGCUACUACAUCGGAUGAAUGGCUGUAUGGAAACAAAUUUGCCGAACAGGUUAAAGAAGUUCAGGCAAUCGGAAAGGCGUGUGCAAAAAUCAGAGCCCAAGAUAAACCAAAAGUAUCGACAUAUAAAUCACGAAAUCAGGGAAACUUGAAAUACCCACCUGCCAGGUACAGGCAGGUGGGGACGUAUCCGAGACGAUCAACAAUCAAAUUCAAGCCACGGAGCCAAAGAACAAGCCAAGGUGCAUCAAAACCCUCGAGUCGAACGUCAAGCCAAUCGACGUCGACGAAGAAGUAAAGGAGGUAAGAAUCCAAGCAGGUCGUCUUAGACUUUUCAUCGACCAUUGGAAAGAGAUCACUACUGACAAAUAUAUUUUUAACUGCUUGAAAGGAUAUAAGAUUCCUUUCAGAGAAACUCCUCGCCAAGACAAAUCAUCUAAGGAUUUUGUCUGGUCAGAAUCAGAUCAGGUAAAAAUUGCUCUGGAGAUCAACAAUUUAAUGUCCAAAAAUGCAGUUGAAGAAUGUGAAGAUUGCGAAGGACAGUUUGUCUCUU